GGAGAUGAAAUAACACAUGAAAUAGAAGAGGCAGGGCAGUAAACAUAGGAAACGACACCCAUCAUAUCUUUCUUUCUUUCUCUCUUCCAAAAAGAAAGAGCACAAUAGCAGCUGUGAUACAAUCUCAGAGCGCAGAGAGAAGGAGGGAGAGAGAGAGAGAAGGGUGGGUGAGAAUGAAGCUGUCCACGAAACCCAUAUCGAGUCCGGGUCGGACCGACAAGUACCCGCCGCCUUUGAUGAGGUUUCUGAGGAGCAAUGUGGGGAGCAGAAGCAGAGGCAGGUCACGUUCAAGCCCAAUGUUUGUUCGGAAAAAGAACGCCGCCAUUGAAACCCAAGAACCGUCUUCUCCGAAAGUCACAUGCAUGGGCCAAGUCCGCGUCAGGCGCUCCUCCAAACAAGCGGCCACCGCAGGACCCGGUCGGUCUCGUCGGGCCGGAGCCCCGAAAAAACGCUGGUGCAAAUGGCUCCGAAAUGCUCUUUUCUGCCGCCAUGUCGCCUGGAAGGUCAAGCCCAAGUCGUGCCGACCCGCUUGGCGCAAGUGGGCGUUGUUCUUCCAAGUGGGUUUUGGAUGGAAAGCCAAAAUUCGAGAAGAUUCAUCGAAGGGGGAGCAGAAGUUUGGGAAUAAUAGUGAAUUGUCAGGGCAUGAUGACGAAGAGGAGGAAGAAGGUGAGAUAGAAGCAGCGAAGGUCUUUGUGUGUAAUUCUUCUUCACCACCAAAGAACGCUUUGUCGUUGACUAGGUGUAGAUCUGCUCCUUACAGAUCUUCAUCUUUAGCCAGUAGAUUCUGGGGUUCCCCGCUCACGACGGAAGAACUAGCAGAACAGAGAGCAGAGCAGGAAAACAGAGAGGAGCACACGGAGACUGAGAAACGGACAUCGGGUAGAGAGUCAAAUUUGGAUCAAGAAUCAAGAAAAGGUGACCCUGAGAAGGAGGGCAAGUUGGACUUUUUGAAAGAAUUUGACGGUUCAAUUACAGAAAGAUUCCUGAAAUCCGAACAUCUUGAACAAUCGAAAGCAGGGGAAGCAGUAGACUCUGUACAGCCUCUGAUACUCACACGCUGUAAAUCAGAACCAGCAAGAACCGCAGAGAAGCUCUACGCAGAUAUGAAUUUCUGGAAACAGAGCAGGUCAUUGUCGAUUGUCUUCUAUAGGACGUUUUAUUUGGGAUUUGGAAACGUAACCCACCGUUCAUUUCACAUUAGAUCAGAAAUAGAUGGCGGAGAUUUUCUUUUGUACCAUCUCUUGGUUCAGGCCAGUUAACCAAGAUUGGGUUGUGAUGGAGUUUUCUGUUUGAAACCCCUCCACCUGGAUUGGACGGACGUGCACGGCUCAUGAGGGGCUAAUUCUUUGGCUCUCCACAAUGACUAGGACAUUUUAUCAUGUUGGAAAAGGAAAAAUAUUAUUAGACAAUUUCUAUGGACUUCAAGGCUAGAUUACAAUUACAAUGACAAUGACGAUUUCACUUUUU